GGACAUUUUUCUACUUUUGGUCAUUAAUCUUGUCUUUUUACCUUUUAUUCGUUGUUUUUGAGCGUGUUUCUUGUCAUAAUUCAAGCGCAAGUGCGCCCGGCCCUGGCUAACUACAGGCGCAGAAACACCAUUGAACUCAGCCAAAGACACCAUCAAUACCUGUCAAAAGAGCACCCAUCAGCGCAACUCCGCCUGUACCCUCUACUAGCCUUAAACACGUCUGAAACACUGCUGACACGCGCCGGCCAGUCUAUCCACAGGUUGCACCCACUCGGCGCACCAUGAAAAUCCUAAAGCUUCCGUGGCUCUCUCAUCGAGCCGAAAACAAAACCCUCGAGUGCUACGCACUAGACAUCAACAGCGCCGGGUCCAAAUUGGCGUCCGGCGGCCUCGACGGCAAGGUCAAAGUAUGGGACCUCGCGCAGAUCCUCCAGCACGCCGACUCCUCCGACACGCCCGGCCCGGCGCCGGAGCGCCGGGCGCCCUUGGCGUCCAUGAACAGGCACAACGGCGUGGUCACGUGCGUCAAGUUCUCGCCCGACGGGCGGUUCUUGGCGUCCGGCUCCGACGACAAAAUCGUCCUCAUCUGGGAAAAGGACGAAGAGCUGGCGCCGCGCCCCAAGCAGUUCGGCGAGACCGAGCCCGACGCCGAGCACUGGACCGUGCGGCGCCGGCUCGUGGCCCACGACAACGACGUCCAGGAUAUCUGCUGGGCGCCCGACGCGCUGCUCCUCAUCACCGUGGGCCUCGACCGGUCCAUCAUCAUCUGGCACGGCGCCACGUUCGAGCGCAUCAAGCGCUACGACCUCCACCAGUCCAUGGUCAAGGGCGUGGUGUUCGACCCCGCCAACAAGUUCUUCGCCACGGCGUCCGACGACCGGUCCGUGCGCAUCUUCCGCUACUACAAGAAGCCGCACGGCGCGUCCGCGGCCACGCACGAGUUCCAGAUGGAGCAGGUGGUGGUGGACGCGUUCCGCAAGUCGCCGCUCACGCUGUACUUCCGGCGCAUGCUGUGGCUGCCGGACGGGCAGCACCUCGCGGUGCCCAACGCCACCAACGGGCCCGUGUCGUCCGUGGUGGUGAUCAACCGCGGCACCUGGGCCACGGACGUGUCGCUCAUUGGCCACGAGGCGCCGUGCGAGGUGUGUGCGUUUGCGCCGGUGCUUUUCUGCGUGCCGGGCGGCGACACGCACACCACCAUCUUGGCGACGGGCGGGCAGGACCGCACGCUUGCGGUGUGGAGCACGGGCUUGUCCAAGCCGUUGGUGGUGGCGCACGACAUUGCGCAGAAGCCCAUCACGGACAUGGCCUGGACGCCGGACGGGCAGGCGCUCUUCGUCAGCUCGUUGGACGGGCUGAUCACGUGCGUGCGCUUUGCGCCGGCCGAGUUGGGCGAGCCGGUGGGGGCCGACGCCAUUGGCCUGCUGCUCGAGCGGUACGGCGGCGACGACGCCACGGUGAUGCCGGAGGGCGUGGACCUGCUCCGGCUCGAGGGGCUUGCGCGGGGCCGCCUGCUGGCGAGCGGCGACAACGCAUCCACUGCCGAUCUGGCCCGACUGCGUGUUCCCCCACCACGGUUGGGAGGCGCCACGCCACGAAUAGACGCAGGCGCUGCCCCCGCCCCUGCUGUGGUGCUCACCAAAACAGGCCGCAAACGUGUCGCCCCCACGCUCAUCUCGACGUACGCAGGCCCGGCCGGCCCCGCGAGUCAUGGCCUCGGGGCCCUGCUGCCUUUGCGGGCCACGGCGCCCCUGGAAGUGGCCUUCAAAAUCUCCGCCAAGCUCUCGCAAACGCUGUACGUGCUCCCGAAGAACGGUCUCCAGUCCGCUGUGCAUGGGCGCCGCCUCAACAUCGACAUGCCAGCCGCAGGCCCGGGCAUCACAGAUCCGGACAACGACAACGAGGACAUGGGCUUCGACGCGCCCAACUCCGCCCUGCUCCAGCCGCUCACCGCUGCGGCCAUGCGUCUGAAAAUCAAGAAGUUCCGCAAGCAGCGCAUGGGCCACCGGUACCCGACACCAUUCAAGGCCGUCUCCGACUUGCCAGGCAUCUUGUUCAGCAACCAGGCCAUCAUGAACGCCGACCUCGCAAAGCUUGUGCAGGCAGACCAGGUCAACGUGGCCGACACGGAGCUCGUGAGCACGUCCUCGUUGGAUUCCGUGGAUGAAAGCAUGUAUUUUCGCGUGAUUGUUGCUGCCACCACACACGAGCUCCCAGGCCAUGAUGAUAGUGAGAGGCCUCACUCAUCCCAUCAUUCUUCACACACCCGGUCCAUCAUCGAGAUCCGCAACGGCCCGCCGUGGCCGGAGGACGACGAGGUCCUAAACACAGAUCCCGUCCAGCGCACGGAUUUCCAGGACCCGACUCAAGUCAUUGUCACCUGCUCAGACAGGGCGCAGCUGCGCAGCUACGCGCUCUACUUUCCUUUCAAAAUCCAGCAUGCCGUGCCGGUGUUGUUGGACCGUGUGCUCGCUUACUACGUCUUGAUCUCCUUCGAGGGCACCACGCAGAUCAUCCGUGCCAAUACGGGCAGCUACUUUCUCCCCUGCUUCGAGUUGGGUGCCAACGUCGUGGCGCUGAGGCAGAAGGGGCGCUUUUUCAUGGUGCUCACUAGCCUUGGCCAGCUUUUCUGCUGGAAAUUCCCGGCACUACGCAGCGGACGCUCUCGCCUCGAGAAGGUCUAUAGUGGUGUUUCUGUGGCCCCCGCGGUGAAUGCAGAGACCUUUGUGCCAAGCGCCGCUUCCCAACAAGAUGCCGAUGCCCGGAAGGACUCCAAGACGCAGCCAGCACAGGUUCUUGUGGACAACAUCAGUGCUCUUGAGAUCGACGAGCACGACGGCCUGCCCAUCAUCGUCAUGCAGAGAACUAGUUGCGUCUACCUGUACUCUGUUGCAUUGAUGGUGUGGACAAAGGUUUUAGACCCAUGGUAUCUUCUCGCUUACGAAAAGCAAGAACUCGCGACCAUGACUGUGCCUACUUUGAACAGGCAGGUAUUUGCGUCUGUUGCUGACCUGAAGCUCGAGAGCAUCCAGCGCGGCGAAGCCGGCAGCUACAAAUUUGACGAGACAAACUCCGAGUUGAAGUGUAGCAUGCGAACAAGGUUUGAGGAGCUUGCGGCCUUAUCGUGCUGA